AUGUUCAUGUCGGACGAUGAUGUGGAUCACGAGCUGUUGGCGUUGCUAAGGCAGAAAUUCGGCCUCGGAGGCUCGAAUCCAAACGCGCCUCCUGAAACGAAAGUGCUCCGAGACGCUCAGUUCGUUUACGAUAACAGCAUCGAUGUCGCUCUCAGUAUGGCACACACCAAACUAGCUGCGAUUGCCGUAUCAGAAGAAAUGCAAAAGCGGCAGUACAGUACGAAGACGUGGGCUGAGCAUGAGCUUCAUCCAAAGGCGAAAGACGAGGCCACAGUAAACUUCAUCUUCACCAUGGACCUCCUGAACUUCAGCUUUUGGAGUGAAAAGAGCGACGAGGAAAGGUUUACUGUCGACUAUAAGGGGAAGAAGUGGACUGGAUACUGGAGUCUUGUUGCUGCAUUGCAAAGAGCCCUUGAUGAGGGUAUACCGAUCACAAGUCCGGAGUUUUGGUUUGACCAUGAGGAGGAUAAAGAAGACGCGCCGAGCAAUGCUACCGCGGCAUUAUCCAAGGAGACUUCACCUCCAUGGAAAGACCCCGACGCUCCUCGUCUACCAAAUAAUGCUUUUAAUACCGGUGUUUACCCAGAUCCUCCAUCAUCACAGCAACCUACUACAAGCCAAUUCAACACCACAGAUCCAGCCGAAGGAGGCAGCUUAGAACCUGUUCCACAGACCCUAUCUGAGGAAUCGCUUGAUGACAAUUCCAGCGAAGACUCAACUGUAUCGGCAGAUUUUCAUGACGCUCAGGCAGACCAGGUUGAGACCUCAGAAGUUGUUCCCGAACCUUCUGCCCCCGAAGAGACAAAGCCCGCAACCUCAAAACGACUUGGCUGGUCGGAAGACCUAUUGCGCCACGUAUUCCGUUCCUCAACCGCGGAAGAAAUACCCAUGUUCUCGCAACGCGUCCAGUGCCUACGCGAGGCCGGCCGCGUCCUCCACGAGCACUUUGACGGUAGCGUAAUCACACUCAUAGAAGACGCCAAAGGCUCCGCAGCCGGCCUAGUCAAUCUCCUAGCCGACCGCUUCGCUUGCUUUCAUGACGAGGCUGUCUUUGAGAGGAAGAAGGUGCGUUUCUUGAAAAGGGCGCAGAUCUUUGUGGCAGACUUGUGGGCGGCAUUUGAUGGAGAGGGGUAUGGAAAAUUUGAUGAUAUCGAUAAGAUUACGAUGUUUGCAGGUAAGUUUCUCGUAGUGCGGAAAAAAGUUGAGGAAAGCUAA